AUGUCAUUCUAUUGCGCUGGAAACGGCUUUCCCACAAACUCCCAAAUUAGCAAAGAAAGAAAGCGAUUCCGCGCAAAACCGCUUCCUCCAAACCGCCCUCGAGCGCUCACAUUGCCUUUGGAGAACCACGAUGGCGCCCAAGAUAAAAUCGACCGUGCUCAGCAGCACAUACUAUCAAAAAUAAUCCAGAAGAUAAAAGCACCACAAUCGCAGACUUCUGCACAGAAGCAAUCACCGCUGAUUAUUCGUUUACCAUACGAGAUUCGUAUGGUGAUAUGGCGAUAUCUUCUAUGUGACCAACGCCUACAUUUAGUGCGCGCCCCUAAGCGGCUUCUGGGGAUUCGGUGUGAUGGAGACGAGUUUGAUGGUGACUGUAACCACGCCUGUUGGGGGUUUUCAACUAUUCGCGUGCGCUUUGGUCCGCGAGCGGUUGGUUAUUACAAGGGCAUGAAGAGCGGUGCGCGAUGUGAGAUUGCGAAUCUCCUCCCUUUGCUUAAGACAUGCCGAUUAAUAUACUCGGAAACAACCGUCCUCCGAUCUAGACUGAAUCUUCUUCGUGUUGUGCGCUUGCAGUACUCGUUCCCAAAAUUUCUAUACAUUCUUUCAAAUCGUGGCAUAGUAUCCUCUCCAACGGGUAUAACUCCAGACCAGGAUCAAUUGAUAGAAGAUCCCAACCUAGUCGCCCCCUUCGACGCAAAAACUUGGGAACAGGCCUGCACUGUGCUCGCAAGCCUCACAGGGCUUCAAAAGCUAUACAUGCAUUUAGGCGGAGCUCCACUGGACGAGCCAGAGCUUAUGCCAUCUGCCAUCAAACCCAUACUGGGGUCAUUGAUGCAGGUUCGGCAGCCAGGGUUGCAAGUCUUUGAAGUCAGUGUUCCCAGGGAACAGGAUCCGGAGACGGUGUAUGAUGUUAAGGGUGCGCCGUUUCGGCUUGUUAGCCGCGACAGUCGGUGUACCUGUGGUUGA